UCUCUUCAACCCCUACGGCGUCGGUAAAUGAGCAUGAACUCGCUCUUCUCCGCUUUUCGCUCUCUAUAAGACAACGAAGCAAGCAAAACAGAGCAGAGCGGCAAGGCCACCACCCACCCGUCGAGCGCCGCGCAAGCGCAAUGCCUCCUUCCCUGCACCCUCCCCACCUCCACCUCCACAAGCUCAAGAGGCGCCACCACCCGGCCGCCAUGGCCAAGAAGGGCCUCGCCGCCAUCCUCUACAAGCUCCGCGAUGUGCACCGCCCGCCGCCGCCCUCUCCUGCCCCGCCGUCGCCGUCGACUCCGUCCGCGCACUACGCCCAGCGCUGCUACCCGCCGCCGCCGUCCGCGUGGCCGUGGCCGUCGUGCCGGCACCCGCGCACCAGCUCGUUCCGCGGGCCCAAGGACGACACCGCCGUGUACCGCACUGUUAACACCGUCUACGACACGUCGGUGGAGCAGUUCCGGAGCUCCCUGGAUUUGCCCGGCGAGCCCGCCGUGGAGCAGGUGGAAGAGGAGGAGGAGGGGGAAAAGGAGAUGCAGCUGCGUGAGACGGCCGUCGUGCGCGCUGUGCGGUCGGAGCGGCUCUUCUUCGAGCCGGCUGGCGCUGAAUUCUUGGCGAAGCAGGAGGCGGCGUCGGCGCGAGGCAAGAACGAGGCGACCGCCGUGGUGUCCGUCAAGAACGACGAACCAGCGACCACCGCUCCGUCCGACAAGAACGAGGAGGCGGAGGCGGAGGCGGAGGCGCUGGCUGCCGCGGUGAAGGGCGGCGCGGUGGUGGUGACGGUGGAGUCGAAGGACCCGUACGGCGACUUCGGCACAUCGAUGGCGGAGAUGGUGGCGGCGCACGGGCUGCGGGACUGGGAGGCCCUGGAGGAGCUCCUGGCGUGGUACCUCAAGCUCAACGCCAAGGGCGUCCACGCCGCUAUCGUGGGCGCGUUCGUGGACCUGCUCGUGGGGAUGCAGCAGCAGGCGACCCCGCUGCCGUGCCCGCCGUCGCCGUCGCCCUCGUCGUCGUGCAUCACCUUCGAGGAGUACUCGUCGGCGAUCUUUGACGAGGAGUACUCGUCGGUGAUCUUUGACAAGAGCUGAUCGAGGAGUUCGUUUCAUUUUUCUUUAGUCUCGUUAGGACUUGAGAGAUGAGAUGGCAGUUUUUGUGAAUUCCUUUUUGUGUGCCUGUGGAGGAGGAAUGGAAGGUGUGGCACGAACUAAUGUAGCUAUGUACAGUUUCUAAAACUAGUUGAUGCUGACCAUUAGAGCAGAUUAGUGCGUAGAUGACUAAUUGAUCAUAUUUAAUUAGCCUGUUCUUUUUUGAUCCUUUUCUAUCUGUCUCUUGUGUGUAAACUGAACUAACUCUGAAGCAUGUUCAUCUU